GUGCGUUUAUAUCGCUUACAUCCCAUUCUACAUUUUGAAGAGUAAUCAGUUGAUAUGGAAAGAACAACGUUGCCUGAACAAUCAGCAUCGCAAACGGAGACGGUAUUGGAGGGGGAUAUCACCGAUUCUGGAUCACAGGAUGUUCCAACUGUACGCUUACGUCUUAGGAAACCACGGUCAAACAAAAAAGUUCAGUGGACUCAGGGAACUGUAGACAAUGAACAUAUGAAUAAAAAGAAAUCAAAAUGUUGUUGUAUUUAUAAAAAACCAAAAAAUUUUGGUGAAAGUAGUUCUGAUGAUAGUGAUGAUGAAUGUGAACAUUGCCAUGGUCAUAAAGAUGUUCAUGAAAAGGCUUUACCAAAUAAUGCAGAACCAUCUCAACAUAAAAUGAAUCCACUAUGAAUUAAUAGAAGCAAGAUUAAUAUAAAUAUAUAUAUUCUCAUUUUUCUCCCAAUAACUAUUUCCCACUGAGACUAGGGUGUCCAUGAUCUGUCUUCCACAUCAAUGUUACGUAGGUUCAUCUGAGGAAAGUAUAAGCACCCCAGGCACUGCAAACACCAACCAUUAUAAAUAACAUAAAUUAAAGUCUUAUUAUAAUGCAAAGUACACAGUAUCAUGCACAGAUGUUAUAAAGAAAGCUGCAAAUAAAAACUGUGGCAUUAUGUUGAUAUUUUAUGAAAUAUGAAAUGUUCAUUUUAUAUCUGCUUUUUCAAAGAGAGAGAAAAUAUUGAUUUGUGAUACAUCAGUAUGUUACAUCUUUCAUCAUUCAGUUUUUUAGUAUUUUAUAAAAAUUCAAAAUUCUUUGAAUUCCAAAAGAGAAUAGAUCAUUCAAUAAUAUUUAAUCAAUUUGAGUUUUUUUAAAUAUGUUUUGACAGUGUUCUUAUAUAACAAUUUGAUUAUUAUUCAUGUAUCUCCAAUUAUCUUGACUUAGUUACUAUAAAUACUAGAUUCACAAUUUUAUAUUUAUUUUAAUCAAAAUUGAUACUAAUGGUCUGAAGUUUUAUAGAAUUUUAAUUUUAUUUAGUAAUAAAAAACUAAAUUUUUUGAUGAAUAGUGCAUUUAAGAAUUUAUAGACAUGUUAUCCAAAAUUAUAUUUUAUUGAAAAAAUGUUAAUAAAUUUCGGAUCAAUAUAAAGAAAUAAGAUUUUUUAUAUUUAUCUUAUUACAUGAUAUGAUAUAUGUUGCAGGAUGAUUAUAAUAGUAACAUUAUAUAUUGCUUCUGUUGUUAAUCACUUAUGAUGUUGCACUUAGAUAUAUUUUGAUGACAGGUACGUGACAUGCUUAAGACUAUAUUCUUAUUAUAUGUUACAUUAUAUUUUUUAAGCACACUGUAUUCUGAAAUACAUCUUCCUACAUUAAUCUGAAAAA